GUAUGCGAUUGCACUCGUAACGCGUAUCUGAAGCUGGGGCUGGCUACCUGCUGGUGGUGUAUUUGUUUGAUAUGAUGCUAUAGUCAGCUAACCUACAGUAGCUAAGUAACAAGGUGCAGCAUGAAACCCAUGAUAAUGAGACAGUGUGUUCUUCAUGGACCCAGUGGAUCAUGUCUCUGAUCCUCUUCGCCUUUGUGGUUCGGGUCAGGGAUGGACUCCCCCUGUCAGCCUCCACAGACUUUGAACAUAACAGAGAGCUCCAGGAGAGGAAACAGCAGCUCAGGGCCAUCAGCAAGGCGCUGUCCCGCUUCCCUGACAGAGGGACGGUCAAGGGCCAGGAGCUCAACAUAUACUUCAUCUCUUCAGAGGGUGUAUCCUACAUGACUGUGUGCCACUGCAGCCUCCCUGUUGCUAAGGCCUUCUGCUUCCUGGAAGAUCUGCGCUGGGAGUUCACAGCAUGCUUCAAUAGCACUGUUGUUGCCUUGGCAGCCAGGCCAUAUCCAUUUUUGGAAUUUGACAGCACCAUUCAGAAGCUGAAGCAGCAGUACAACCAGAGCCGUGGUCCGGCCCUGGAGGUUACGUUGGCAGAGGUCCAGGAGGAUCUUAGGAUCCAUCCACUACAAGUAAUUAACUUGGACGAGGUGGAGCUCACCAAUGGCAUCGCAAAUGGACAUAUGGAGCAAGGUUCUGGAUCUGGUCAAAAUGUAAGACUUGAACCAGUGACAGCACCAGGCAUUCUCUCUCUGGUCCUAAAUAUUAUGUGUGCUUCCUUGAAUGUAAUCCGUGGUGUGCACCUCAUAGAGUACACAUUCCAGGAUGACUAUGAGGGAAUAUGGAACGUUGUGGCAUUUCUUCUGGCGUUUGUCUGCUGUGUGUCUCAGUGCCACCUCUACCUGUUCCACUCGUCUCUGAAGAAGCUGAAGUCCUUCACUCUGUUGAGCGUGAUCGUCCUAUGCAACUUGUACCUGCUCGGCAUGAGGAAUGUCUGGCAGCUGAUCUUCCACAUUUCUGUCGCCUCCCUCUCCACCGUCCUCAUCCUCAACCGCAAACUCCAAGACAGAACUAAUGACUGUGGGGUCUGAGGAGCAUGGGACACUUAAUUGUGGUUCGCCAUUUGUGUCUCCAGUGUUCAGCGCAGGUGAGAAUAACAAGGUAGCAAAAGAGUUGAUCCACACGAGUCAUGGAGAUGCCUUGCCCUUUAAAAAAAAAAAACAUAUUCCUGAACCUUGUGUCAUCGCUGAGAAUUACUUGUGUACUUGCACUUUGUGUACAUUGUUUCAAAGACUGUACUGACUAUCCAGUGAAAAUGCAGUUCUUUCUGGAUCCCUAAAAAUAUCCUUAAACUAACACUGUAAACUGAGAGGAAGAAGGAGGUUUCUGCUGUUUGACGAACAAAAAUGUUGCUCAGUGUCGUCAGAACUGUCCAGUUCAAAAAGGUUUUAAAGAAGAUGAAGGAGCUUUUUUUAUUCUUUUCUUUUCUUUUUUUUUUUUAGUUAGAGUUGUUGACCAAAGUUUUUCACGUAGAAAACAACAAUGUUGUUGAAGCUAGGUUUGCUUGAGAUUUGGGAAUUAAGAUGCAUUUCUGCCUGCAUUCUGGCUCAGUAUUAUUUCUACCACAGGCCAUUGAUUAUCUUUGCAUAAUCAGUUUACAAAGCUACGUGACGGGUCGUGAUUGUAACAGACAUUAGAUUUAAUUGUACUUUUAAAAUAGGCACACAUGGCUGAUUAGGAGAUAAUUAGGUUGCCCAUCUUUAAUUGGCGGCAGUGUGAUAAGUGAACUAUUUAGUGUAGUUUGAUUAAAGAUCAGUGAAAUUUAGGUGAAAGGGAAAUGCAACUUUUAUUUGCUUUAAAUUAUUUGAUCAUUAGGUUUUGGAAAAAACAAAACAAAUUCAAACGUGUAAAUGUUAAACUAUGGGUUGUUUCAUGCCUUACUAUGACAAUGCAAAUAUAGUUGAUUGUUUUCGUUUAUUUAAUUGUAUCAUCUUAUUUAAAGUUUCACCGGGAAGUGCUCAGCAAGUUCAAAUGUAAGGGCUCCGUUAAUGACUCCACAGAAAUGACAUUUUACAUUACUGAGGCAUUUUAUCGCUUAAACGCUGUUUUCAACACCGUUUUUGAUUUAAGGAGAAUUGUAUCGCAUAAUCUCCAAUUUAAAACGUUUUUUGUACUAUCAGAACAAAGUUCGAUAUUUUAGUUGUGCGUUUUUCUACUGAUCUCUGCGUUGUUCAAAUGUAUACUGCGGGUAAGAAUACGAAAGCACUGAUUUGUUCGGUAAAAUAGGAAUGAAAAUUGUUGGGAAAGUUUUUUGACUGCACUAUUACGUUUAGAUUUUUUUUUGGCAGUUGAAUGUGUUGCGUAUCGGGUUUAGCUUAAAUUAUAUUUUUAUCCUGAUUUCUGUUUACUUUUUUUUUUUUUCUGUUUCUUUUGGGUUUAUAACACUCCGUAUGUGUAGCUCCCAAAUUCUGUUCAACUUAGAAAUCAUAGGGUUAUAAUUUAAGUUUGAAUAUAGAACGCAUCACUGUAGCGCUGCUAAAUAAAUAGGCUAAGUAUUAGUCUCCUUAGGUUAACUUUUUAACGUUUUGUGUAUUGAGCUUCUUAGAUAUUCACUUAACAGUUGCAUUGGGUGUCUGUUAAGCAAGGGAAAUAAAUUAUUAGUUUAUGGUGUUUGUCACACAGGUAGUGUUGGGGCUGCAGUGGAGCUGUAAAAUCUGUCUUCUUCAUUGAACUGUUCCCUUAUUUUAUCAAGAAAGUAAGAGGGAAUUUUAUAAAGAAAACAAAACAUUUAUAUCUCAUCUGACAAUCCAAACGUCCUUCUAAUAGUUUAGAAAAGCCACUUUUAGCUUGUAGUUUACAAAGUUUAUAAAGAGUGAGAGAACUCAAAUGUUUUCAGUGGACAUAUGAGAUGUAUCGCAGCUGCAGUUUAUGCAGGUGAGCCUCCUAUUAGUAAAUUUACAUUUGUUCUUUUAUUAGUUUUUUCUAUCCAGAACUAUGAGAGCACACAGAGCUGAGAAUUAGACCGGCCCUGUGAGCAGUUCUCUGAUGCUGUGUUCAGCUGUAUGACGGAGGGGUAAACUCUUAUGUUAUAUCUCUUAUGUUUUCUUUGACAUAGUCGGCAUACAUUUUGUGAUUAGUGAUUUUGAAAUGUUCAAACGCAGUAAAUAAGUGAAACUUUGUCAUUAUUUGUUAUGCGACAUGGUUUUUCCCGUGGCUUUAAUAUUUUUGAUACAAAGGUUUUACUGAUUCACUGUUUCCUCUCUACACUACAUGAAAUGUACAAAUACCCUGCUGACCAAAUGAAAUGUAAAUAAAUGUUGCCAUCAAUGUUUUAAAGAUGUAGAAUCAAGUAAGGAUAUUUUAAUACUGAACAUAAAAAUUAAGUUUAAUUAUGUUGAACAUGAAGGUGUUCAGACAUACAGUAGGAAUGCACUGUACAAUUGAAACGUGUGGCAGCCAUCUCUUUUCCUACUGACAUCAGGUCUUAAAUGAACACAGUUUGUAAAUUUGAAAAUCAUUAAGCUUCUAGGACACUUUCUUUUGUUCAUUACCAAACACUCAAAAGUUGUUUGUAUCUAAUUUGACUCACGCGAGGUCGAUUCAGUGGGUUUUCAGUUGGCUGCAGUCUGUUUAUAAUGAUGGGAGAUAAUGAAAUAUUGUCAUUCAGUGUAACUGCCAAAUACACUGGUGAUUACAGGGCUUUAUUUUUUCCUGCUGUGGUAAAACUGACAUUUCAUUAAUAAACAGUGUCUUUUUUUCCAUC